AUGCAACGGGGCCGCGCGCUAGGCACGCCGGGACCGGCCCUCCCGCCGCCGCACUACAGCUCCCGCAAUGCCCCGCGCGGCCGCGGCCGGCCCGCUACCCCAACUCUCGCGAGAGCGCUGGCCGCGCGGUCGCCACGGCGACACGGGAGCCGGCCCGCCGGGGUUGCCGUGGCCACCGGGCGGCGCCGCCGCCGCCCGCAGCAUCGUCCGCUCCCGCCGCGGAGCGGGGACGUGAUGCCGCGGCGCCGAAGCUGCCCGGCAGCACGGCGCUCCACGUCACACGAUUCUCCCCCCUCCCUCCAGGACGUGGGCCCAGAGGUGGACCGCGGCGCGCCCCCCCCGCACUGCCUCCCGGGGCCGCGGGCGAGGACCCAGGCCUCCUGCCCCCCGGGCCCGGAACAGCCCCAGCUCCGCUCGCCCGCCCAGCCCCCCCGGCGUCCGACUGCCCGCUCCCGCUUUCCCACCGGGACACUCUCCCUUCCCCCCGGGAGGACCCUCCCCCCCCCCCCGCUCCCCGUCCGCCCCGCAGGCGCCCCGUCUCGUCCUGUCACGUGGCCCGGGGAGGUGUCCCCGCUGCCGCCGCUACGGGCGAGCCCGACCCGCCACCCCGGCAGGACCAGGUCCUGCCCACCGGCCCCACAGCGGUGCCCUGAAGAUGAUGUUGAGGACCAGGCUGCAGUGUGCCCAGGUGCCCUGAGCAGCGUGAGGAUGCUGCCAGGGCGGUGGCGGCUGGAGGGGCGGCGGUGGCGGCGCACCGAGCCAGCUGUGGUGCUCCGCGCCCUCUACAACUACGCAUACCGUGCUGAGGAUGGGCGGCAGGUGGCCAUGGCUGCUGGGGAGCAGUUCCUGCUGCUCCACAAAGCCAACGAGGACUGGUGGCAGGUGAGACGGGCCAGCGAGCCACGCUGGGCUCGGCCCUUCUUCGUCCCUGCUACCUACGUGGCCGAGCUGGACCCUGGUGACACUGGGAGACGGAGCAUGCUGCCCCCCAGCCAGCCUGCAGGCAUGAGCCUGCCACCACAGUACUGCUCACUGGAGGACCUGUGUGGCCCACCCCUGCUCCCCCCCCAGGAGGCCAGUCUGACCCCCAACCCCCCCAAGGGCUGCUGCAUCAGCACCAGCCAGCUGGCAGAGGGGGCCCUGCCCACCCCCUCCUCAGCCCUGUCACAGUGCCAGUCCCAGCAGGAGCUGCUGGCCCAGGGCACUGGGGAUCUGUCCCCCCAGGUGCCCCCGCUGGGAGCCACCAUGAUCUACUGCAACCUUGAGGAGCUGCAGCGGGUGGGGGGCCAGGCUGAGCCGCCCAUCCCAGCCGGCCCCCCCCUCCAGCUUUUGGGGGCCUGGGAGCGUCACCUGGACCCCAGCACUGGUCGCUGCUUCUUCUACAACCCCCAGACGGGCAUGACCUCCUGGAAACCCCCCCGGCAGCACCGCGAGGCGAGCCUGCCCCCCCCCGCCGAGCCCCCCAGGACCACGGCAUGCUGGAGCUCCAGGGAUGCUGGGGUUCCUGGUGGCACCCAGGUGAGCCACGGCCGGACCCUUGCCCACCACAGCCUGGAGGACCAGGCAGCAGCCCCCCAGCCCUCCCUGGCCCCGGCUGAGCCCCCGCCCUGCAUCCCCACCCUGCCCACUGAGGUGCAGAAGGCCGGGCAGCUCAACAGGACCAAGAUCGCUGAGGGUGGAAGGAAGCUCAGGAAGAGCUGGGGGGUCUCCUGGGUGGUGCUGGCCGGGAACAGCCUCAUCUUCUACAAGGAGUCCAAGGGGCCGGCACCCACUGCCUGGUGCCCUGCCAGCAGCUGCCCCGAGAGCAGCGUGGACUUGCGGGGGGCUGCCCUGGAUUGGGCCCGUGACCUCUCCAGCAAGAAGAACGUCAUCCAUCUCCGUACUGUGACGGGUAACGAGUUCCUGCUGCAGUCGGACCAAGAGGCCACCAUCCAGGAGUGGGCCCGGGCUAUCCGGGGGGUCAUCCGCCGGCUGGACCUGGAGAACCCUGUGGACGUGCCUGUGGGUUGGCUGCACCGCGGGGACACUGGGGGGGAGCUCAGCGGGGACGAGGACGAGGCACCGCGGGUCACUGAGGGGGCCAGGGCUCCAGGUGCCCCCCAUACCCCCGAUGCCUCAGAGAAGAAGCGGGUGAAGAGCAAGCUGAGGCGCUUCAUUGUCAAGCGGCCCCCGCUCCAGAGCCUGCAGGAGAAGGGGCUCAUUCGAGACCAGGUGUUCGGGUGCCGUCUGGAUGCCCUGUGCCAGCGGGAGAGCACCACAGUGCCGCGCUUUGUCCGGCUCUGUGUGGAGGCCGUCGAGGAGAGAGGCCUUGACGUUGACGGGAUCUACCGGGUCAAUGGGAACCUGUCUGUGAUCCAGAAACUGCGUUUUGCCGUGGACCGGGAGCGAGCUGUGACCUCGGAUGGACGCUAUGUCUUCCCUGAGCAGCUGUGCCAAGAGGAGCGACUCAGCCUGGCAGACCCCGAGUGGAGCGAUGUCCAUGUGGUGACCGGUGCCCUCAAGCUUUUUUUCCGGGAGCUGCCCGAGCCCCUAGUGCCCUACGAGUUCUUCAGCCCUUUCAUUGAAGCUAUCAAGCUGCCGGACCCCCAGGAGCAGGUGGAGCGGGUGGCUGAGCUGGUGAAGAGCCUGCCCCCCACCAACUAUGCCACCCUGCGCUAUCUCCUGGCUCACCUCUGCCGGGUGAUGGAGCGGGUAGAUGUCAACCGCAUGACACGCCAGAACAUCGGCAUCGUGUUUGGGCCAACACUGCUGCGGCCGGAGCGGGAGCCGGGCAGCUUGGCGGCGGGCAUGGCCCAGCAGAACAAGGCUGUGGAGCUGCUGCUGGCACACUUUGACCGCAUCUUCCCUGCGCCCCCCUGAGCCUGGUCCCCUGCCCCCCCAAGUCAGGUAUGGGUGCUCUGGCUGCCAGUGCCCCUUCCUGCCCCCCCAGUCCUCCCUGCCCCAUGUACCUUCAACUCUGCAGUAAACAGGCACCUUCCCUGGGA